ACAUGUGCCAUGUUUGUUUCUCAACUUGGGGGACUUUCUUUCUGUGACAAAGUCUUUCCAACCAUCAAUUGGAACCUCAGUAUAUACACUACCCCUUCAUCUUCUUGGCAUGUUGGCUCGUUGAUUUAUGAAAUGGGUUGUGUGAUUUCUGUCUUUGACCUCCUGGGACUGUGUCUAUGGCUGUGCUUGGCCAUCCACAGCUCACGAACUGUGGUUUCACUGAAAACUGGAAGUGUUGAGGGAACUGUUCUCAUCAAUGGAACAGCCUCCAUUGGGAAGACAGAUGAAGACUUCAUUUGUGCCACUAUGGAUUUUUGGCCUCCUGAGAAAUGCGACUAUGAAGAUUGUAGCUGGGGCAGUGCUUCUCUUCUCAAUUUGGAUCUCAGCAACCCAAUUCUGCUAGAUGCAAUCAAAGCAUUUUCUCCUUUGACAAUCAGAAUUGGUGGAACUUUGCAAGACAAAGUCAUAUACCAAAAUAUAGGUGACCAACGACCAUGCUCCCAAUUUGUUAAAAGUAAUUUGGAGAUGUUUGGCUUCACUCAAGGCUGCUUGCCCUUGCCUCGCUGGGAUGCCCUAAACAUUUUCUUCAAAGAAGCCGGAGCUAAGGUCAUAUUUGGCUUGAAUGCGUUAAGUGGUAGAUCGAUGAAUCCCAAUGGCUCAGCUACAGGAGCAUGGGAUUCCAGCAAUGCAGAGUCUCUUAUAAGAUACACAGUCAACAAGAACUACACUGUCCGUGGCUGGGAGCUUGGAAAUGAGCUAAGUGGGAAUGGAAUUGGAGCACGAAUUGCGGCAGAUCAGUAUGCAUCUGAUGUGAUCGCUCUCCAUAACAUGGUGCAAAAAGUCUACAGAGGCUCCCAGAUCAAGCCUCUGGUCCUUGGCCCAGGAGGGUUCUUCGAUGCUUACUGGUUCGCAGAAUUUGUGAACAAAACGCCUCUCUCUCUCCAAGCGAUCACCCACCAUAUUUACAACCUUGGUCCAGGCAAUGAUAAUCACCUGAUUGAGAAGAUUCUAGAUCCAUCCUACCUCGAUGGAGGAUCAGAGCCCUUCAGAAGCCUCCAGAACAUUCUAGAGAGCUCUGGAACUUCGACAGUAGCAUGGGUUGGUGAAGCUGGUGGAGCUUAUAACAGUGGCCAUAAUCUUGUGACUAAUGCCUUUGUAUUUAGCUUUUGGUGUGUUGGAGCUAAUCUAUUCAUCAGUAUCCUUCUCAGUUCCAUGUGUGUAUGUGUGUGUAGGUUUAGUAUUUUUAGGACUAAUCUUAAUCUAUGCUCACAAAAUAGGUACUUGGAUCAGCUUGGAAUGGCAUCCUCUUAUGAUACCAAAACAUACUGUAGACAAACUUUAAUAGGUGGAAACUAUGGCCUUCUCAACACCACCACCUUUGUUCCAAACCCUGAUUACUACAGUGCUCUACUUUGGCAUCGGAUAAUGGGGAGAAAUGUUCUAAAUACAAGUUUCUCUGGAACAGCAAAAAUCCGUGCAUAUUCUCACUGCUCAAAACAAUCUGAAGGAAUCACAUUACUAUUGAUCAACCUAGAUGGUAACAACACAGUCCAAGUUAGGGUUUCAGUUGCAAAUGAGAGCACAAAUGAGGUUCCAAAACUGCCACAUAAACACAAUACCGGAAGAACAAAGUCUGAACGCAAGCAUCAGGCGUCAAAUGUUGGCGAAGUUACAAGAGAAGAGUACCAUUUAACAGCCAAAGAUGGAAACUUACACAGCCAAACAGUGCUUUUGAAUGGGAAAAUGUUAAGUGUAAACUCCUCUGGAACCAUACCUCCAUUGGAGCCUGUACAUGUGAAUAUCUCAGAGCCUGUGACUGUCACUCCUUGCUCCAUUGUGUUUGUUCACAUUCCCAGCUUUCUUGUUCCUGCUUGUAGAUAA